CGCGCACUGUUCCCGCCUCUUCCCUUGCGCCGCCGGGAUUUGAGGCGCUCUCGCGAGACUUAGGCCUCUUCCUAGACCGGCGCUCUUACCGAGGAGAAGGCCAUGUUCAGUUCGAGCGCGAAGAUCGUGAAGCCCAAUGGCGAGAAGCCGGACGAGUUCGAGUCUGGCAUCUCCCAGGCCCUCCUGGAGCUGGAGAUGAACUCCGACCUCAAAGCCCAGCUGAGGGAGCUGAACAUCACGGCGGCCAAGGAGAUCGAAGUUGGCGGUGGUCGCAAAGCUAUCAUCAUCUUUGUUCCUGUUCCUCAACUGAAGUCUUUCCAGAAAAUCCAAGUCCGGCUCGUGCGUGAGCUGGAGAAAAAGUUCAGUGGGAAGCACGUGGUCUUUAUUGCUCAGAGGAGAAUUCUGCCUAAGCCAACUCGAAAAAGCCGUACAAAAAACAAGCAAAAGCGUCCCAGAAGCCGCACGUUGACCGCCGUGCACGACGCGAUCCUGGAGGACUUGGUUUUCCCGAGCGAGAUUGUGGGCAAGAGAAUCCGUGUGAAACUGGACGGCAGCCGGCUCAUAAAGGUUCAUUUGGAUAAAGCACAGCAGAACAACGUGGAACACAAGGUGGAAACCUUCUCGGGCGUCUAUAAGAAGCUCACGGGCAAGGAUGUUAACUUUGAGUUCCCAGAGUUUCAGUUGUAGACAAAACGAUUAAAUAAAACAUUCACAGUGUUCUGCUC